GCCAUCGGCAUCACCUCUCCGCGUGCUUCCGACACACCAGACGUCGUUCGAGCUGGCUUAGGAGAGGGGUUGGCUGAAGGACAACGGAAAUAUUCAUUCAGAAGUAGUCGACUCUGGCCAGAAGCUGCAACGACGUUGGGAACGACACCUCAGCCUCCCCUCUCCAACUGCUAGCGACUGUCACCUGCUGACGUCAGCCAUAAGUCUUCAGGCUUAUUUGCUUUCCCGUUCGAAGGACAUCUGCGCGCACAGACGAAGAUGAAGAGGAAACCUAGCAGCUUCUUCGUACCACCAAGGGGAAGGACAUUCAACGAGGUUAUGUGGUCCAAUGAAAACGUAUUCACGGAUGACAGUAGCCAGAAGGUCGAGGAUGACUCCACCUCGCCUGAUACCUCAACUCGCAAUGUGGACACGACAGAUUCGAACUCUGGUACUGAAGAAAGCGAGUCUGACAAUUCAAAGGGAACGAGCAAACGGAUGUGGCAUAUUCCCUUCGUUCUGCUGCUGUUUAUGUCUGCGAUCCUGGCCGGCGUACUGGUCGUCUUUUGGCACGGUCAACAGCAGCAUGAAGGUUAUACACCCAAGUCACUGGACCUGUUAACUCAUGAUCACCACAUUAAUCUCAAGGCUGGGCUUGAAGGAGGGUCGGCUGGAUAUGGUGGUCCUCGAGACCAAAGAAUUGACGAAGACUCCUACGCCCCCGAAACUGCGGACGAAGUUACGGCGACGACGACUGAGGUGACCGAAGAAGACGUGGAGGACCUGACUGCGCCCGAACAAACCAUAAGAAAAUCCACGAGGACCAAGAUUCAUACACCACUGGCCACAACGGAUGUUGUCCUUUCCGUCUCAAAGAGGUCCAAGAAAGCCAAGAAACAUACGACCACUACUGCAGGCGCGCCGACGACCACCGACAACGCCGUACCUGUUCCAGUUCGGCCUAUCAUUCGGCGUCCCCUGCUCUGCACAAUUGGCCGUUACGCUCGUGCUAGCACCAAGUACCCAGAAGACGGGCUCUGCGAUUUUUUAUUCUGCCCUGUAGCCCUCCAGGAGAACCUCCAGUUCAACAGCGAAAGCGACGCCUUUCAGGGCUUUCGCGCACAAGCUGCGAAGUCUCGCAAGACCCAAUUUGGCCUUGACAUCAAUGUCAGAGAGAUGAAUGCUACUCUUGCACGGCUUGGCACCGACCAGGGAACCUCAGCAUUUAAAUCUCUUUGGGACGGUAACGUACGACAGCAUGGCGUGUUUUAUCCCGCGCUACGGCACAACACCGAUCCCGCCUAUGUGAAUAUGAUAAUCCGUCUCUUAAAGGCGCUGCGACGAUUACAGUUGAAGUUUAGGACGACUGAUGAAGUUCUUCCUUCCCAUAUCUUCGUCGGAAUCGCCCUAUUGCUUCGCGGACAAGACAGAGAUGCAGGCGUUAAGAAGCACUUCAACAAGAUUAUCAGCGUCGUCAAACCAGAUGUCAUUCUUCUGCGCACUCACUACCUGAAGAAAGACGAUGGCAACCUGCUGAAGUGCCGCAUAACUGGACCUACAGUCUGGCAGGGCAGUUUCUCUGCGGAUCAGCCGACAUUUCUUGAAUCGCUCAGAUUUCUUCAAAAAGUGACCAUUCCCAACCAAGCCGUGGUCUUGCUAUCUUUUACUGAAGCCAUUCGUUGGUACCGCUGGGAUGCCAACGACACCACAUUCAACCUGGGCGAAAAGUGCGCGAUUGACUUUCACAGUGACCUUGUGCACAGAUCCAAACUGUGCCUGAACACUGCAACCAACAAGCAAGUCUUUACCGCGAAGCACAAAUCAACGCAACAGGUGGUGACUGCUCUGAACAAGAAGUCCUUUGGCCUGGUCUACGAUACUCGAGACACCAUACGAACCAAGAUGUGCUGGGCGAGUACAAGCUUCAAGUAUGCCGUUGGUUGGGCGAUGUUUGACCUUGAGUUUGCGGAUACUGCGAACAUCUGCAAGGAUGCAGUGUUCACGAAAGGCUUUCCGCUUGUUCGCUGGAUGAGGCACUACAUAAAGAAUGGCUUCCACGAAGCAAGCGAAUGCGAGGCGUAGGCGAAGAGUUUGUUGUUGUAAGCUUCCUGACUAUUUAAACGAACAUGGCGAAGACGCCUAUUUAUGUGGUAAAUUAUAUGAUGUCGCAUAAUCA